GUCUCAGUGGAGGCAUAGGAGAAGAGCAUGCCUAGCUGUCUCUGGGCACCUACAAAUUUUUAAGUUGAGAUAAAAUUUCUGUAUGUUGAUGGGGUGUGGAAUAAUCCGGUACUUAUAUGCCCUGUGUUACAAAUGGAUUAGGGGCCCCGCCGCCGCCAUGUCCGGCUCGUUCGAUCUCUCGGUGCAAGAUCUCAACGACCUGCUCUCGGACGGCAGCGGCUGCUACAGCCUCCCGAGCCAGCCCUGCAACGAGGUCGUCCCGAGGGUCUACGUGGGCAACGCGUCUGUGGCUCAGGACAUCUCCCAGCUGCAGAAAUUGGGCAUCACCCACGUCCUGAAUGCUGCCGAGGGCAGGUCCUUCAUGCACGUCAACACCAAUGCCAACUUUUACAAGGAUUCCGGCAUCAUCUACUUGGGCAUCAAGGCCAAUGAUACGCAGGAGUUCAACCUCAGCGCCUACUUUGAAAGGGCGGCGGACUUCAUUGACCAGGCCUUGGCGUACAAUAACGGCCGGGUGCUCGUCCACUGCCGUGAGGGGUACAGCCGCUCCCCGACGCUAGUCAUCGCCUACCUCAUGAUGCGGCAGAAGAUGGACGUCAAGUCUGCCCUCAGCACCGUGAGGCAGAAUCGGGAGAUCGGCCCCAAUGAUGGUUUCCUGGCCCAACUCUGCCAGCUCAAUGACAGACUAGUCAAGGAGGGGAAGGUGAAACUCUAGGGUGCCCACAGCCCCUCCUGCAGAGGUCUGACUGCCAUGCUUAGGAAACACAGUGUACCCUGCUCCCAGUGUCACGAGGCACUUGCCCAUGUCUGUCCCGUUGUGGCCCGGGGCUGCUCUGCCCUUAGGGAGCACAUGAAGAAGCUUGCUGAGGAGGCCGUUCCUGCUCCUUGGCUGUCCUUUCCUGUAGUCUAUGUCCUUUCUCUGAGGUGGGGGCUCAGGGAGGAAGCCUGUGGCAUAGAUACAUCUCAGUGGCCCCGGGCAGGAGGCCUGGGAGGGUGUAAGGCCCCAAGACGCUCACAGGCGCUCCCUCCCCGACCUGGGUCCCCCUGAGUGGUCUAGCAUGGUGACCCUGGUAAAGGAUCUAUGCAAACAGGCUCUGCUCUCCCCACGUCUGUCAGCCACUGGUCCUCACAGCCCACCACACCCUCUUAGGCAGAGGCAUGAGUUCCGAAGCAGGGUGGAGAUAGGUUAUUAGUGGCUGAAUUUCCACGAAGAGGCUGCGUUUUAUUUCCUUAGAAUUAAAGACAUUAUACGGGGGCCCUUGGGUAGGCAGAUCUGUUUUUCCUGGAGGGCUCUCCCGAUUCUUUGGGAUGUUUAGAGUGUGCCUCUUUGGGGAAUCUUACGUUCCAUAUCUGCUGCUUUGGUGCCUUCUCUGUGGAUGGCUCUGUUCUUUUGCUUUGUUAGAACGAUGCCUUGGGCAGGGUUUUAUUUCUCUUUUUUAGAAUACAGGGUGUUGAGGUCCGGCCUAUUAAAAACAAAAAAACAAACCCACCAUUUGGAGAAUUGCAAGGGUUUUAUCCUGAAUUAUAGUGUGGGUGAGCCCAAGUGAUCAUACUAACUGCUUGUCAUCCUGGUUGCUAUUCUAAGACUGGAAGGAGGAAGUUGCCCAAUUACAGCUCAUGUGCAUGGGUGUGUGCAUGGGUGUGAAGUGGUGGGGGUGGGGGGUGCUGUCCCCUCAGGGACAGAAGGGGAAAGAAGAGUCCCUGUGCUCACCCUGCCCAUUUAUGGGUGGUUCUGAUGGAGUGACUCUCUGGGCAGAAAUGAGACUCACUGUGUCAUGCCGGCAGAUCUCUCCUUUAUUGGAGAGAGAACAAAGAAUGACCUUGUAAAGGACUUUGUAAGGAUGGUUUGAAAACAUGCUGGACCUUAUGUGUGUACACACUUGCCAGAGAGUGAACACAGUCUUCCUGGGACUUGUUCUUGUUGCUCUGUGUGUAUCCAGGGCCACACAGAGCAGAGGGGUGGCACUCAGCCACCACCCCAGCACCUAGCACAUAGGCAUCUUAUAAAAGCCUGUUUUUAGGCGACCUGGGGCUGUGGGGCUGCCCAGUGUGUAUAGAGUGGUGUUGUCACGGGGCACCUGGGUCCCGGCAGCCUGUACGCCUGCUUGUAGGAUGUCUUGCCGGAGUUUGCCAAGAAAUCUUACUUGGAGGGAGAGAAAUAUCAGGGAUUUUUGUUGAAUGUUUCAAAUUCAGCUUUAAACGGAAACCUCGGCCGUGUGGACCGUGAAGGUGGGGAAUGUGCCUUUUUCAGAGCUGCUGAGGAGCGUCUGGCAGGAGCCUGGAGAAGCAGGUCCAUCUUAGGGCCUGACUCCUGGAGGAGUAAAGACCUCUGAUGACAGCAGGGGCAGAACUGUGCAGCCUGGACGGUCACUGUCCCCUCUCCUGUGUGACCACAGCAGCCCCGGACACACGGGACCCGUCAUCUUCUUUCCAGAAUGAAGUGGCCACAGCCAAACGUUGCACCUCACUCCGUAGUUUCCAAGUGGCUUUCUUGCUUCAUCUGAUUGGCACUUCAUGAUAACCCUGUAAAGUUGACAGAACUUACCUGUGUGUCGUCAUGAGAGAAAACAAAACAAACAAAAACUACCUGGGAUAGCGGGGCACGCUAGCACGUGUCUACAGUCUCAGUUCAUGGGAGGCAGAGGCAGGGGGAUCCCUGCAAGUUCGACGCCAGUAUGGUCUCCAUGUUGAGACUCUAGGCUACAAUAGCAAGAUCCUGUGUUUCAAAAUCAAAACAAUUCGCAUAAUUAAGGGCCACCCAGCACUUUAAAGCUAAGUGGAAGUAGUUUCAGGCUUGCUGCUUAAGGAAGCUGGGCUCUUCUUGGCUCUAAUGCCUCUGAGACCAGCUCCCAGUGAUGUCCAAGCACCCUGUGCAUGUCUUUGAGCCAUCCCCAGAAAAGGAAGUAAAAGGUGGGUCCCCUGUCAGUUGGGUGACACCGGUGAGGAUGAACUCUGCUCUGGGAGAGUCUGGGCUCCCCUCCUCCUGCCUCGUCUGGGUGCCAACCCCACAGGACAGCCCACUGCGGUUUACUCCUGGCAGCCUUUGUGGAAAAAGGAGGAGAAGGGGCCCUUAGGAGACUCCUGCCUUUCCUUUGGGGCUCUUUGCUGGAAGUUGAGGGUUUCUUGAUUGGCUUUACCCCGUGCUCAGAGAGAUUAGCUCCUACUUCUUCAGCUAGAAUAGCCGUGUGUUGUCCAAGAGCCGCCACGUGCCUGCCCUCGAGUGGGGCCGUUCCUGGAGGGUGGUCUAUCCCGGAAAGUGAUGGAAUAAAGAAUUCAGGAUGUCCUUUCCUCUUCCCUGGACCUGAUCACUUUCGUUGACUCAUAAAGAUCCAGGUUAAAAUUAAAAUGUAAAAUGGUUUCCUCCUCAGUCUUCAAGUAGGCCGGCUGCCUUCCCAGAGGCAGGCUGUUCCCCUCCGCCAUUCUCCUAUCUUGAGAGCAUAGACCAACAACACUUACCAAAUGAGGGAACUCCUUUGGCUCACACUAAGGCUCUUUUGGGCUCCAACACGGGAGGUUGUGUUAAGAAUCCCCUGUUGGUUUUUAACACCUCCCCCGACCCCCCCGGGAAAUGGGCAUGAGUAAUGAUGCUGUGGCCAGCAGGUGGCGCUGUGGAGAAGGUUGGUGCCUUUCCAGCCACAAGUUCACCUUAAGAUGCUUGUAGUAUGAAGAUGCUCAAUGUUUUAAUCAAAAUAAGCACUGAUCUUAAAUAUGAAGAUAAGAGCUUUUCUCACAGAACAUUUUCUUUUUCAUAAAAGUGGCAUCAGCUGGUCCUUCCAGAUCAAGAUUCUAUCCCGAUCGUAAAUAGUAAAUCGUAAUAGUCUCAGGGCAGAGAGAAGAGUGGUGAAUGUUAAGCUUGUGUUUUUCUAACGCCCUCAGCUGUUAGGGUAACUUGAAUGAGAGUGAUUUACUGGACAGAAAAGGUUCAGGGGAAAGGGGGUGGGAGGUGAGGCAGAGCACUGUCACCUGCCAGAGCGGGCAAGGCCCUGAGUUCGAUUCCUGCCAUUGGGGGGAAAAGGAAAGUUUAAUGUCUGUUGUACCACCAGUGUUAACACACUAUAAAAUUGUAACCAAAAUAAAUGUCUUAUCUUACGAAGA